CACACUUGCCUUCACCUUUACUUUUGGGUAGCAUAAAUAAACAUAUGCAGUAUGAAGCUUGCAAGCUUGCUGCAGUACUUGAUAUGUCUUGUUAAUUUUAUUUGAGUUGCUACUGGAAAGCCAUCAAUUUCAGGAGAAAUCUGGCGUUAGGCAAUGGCAGCUUCUAAAGACAAUGAUGAUCGAUGGCUCAAAGGAGGAGGAGAGGUUUUGAGCACUCUGUCACAACGCAUGAGGCAGCAGAUAUGGAAUUGCUUGAGAGAUGACAAGAUUUCAGUGUUCUCAGUAUGGGGACAGCAGGGAGUGGGGAAGUCACGGAUCAUGAGUCAGGUGGUCAUGGAAAUGGAGGAAUUUGGAGAAUCUUGCCAUCUGUUUGAAAUAAUCACACGAGUAAGAGCACCAGGGUUGGAGAGUCUUGCAAAGAAGAUGCAGGCGAGAAUUGAAGGGGAAUUGGUCCAUGUGCAGGACAAGCUGACAAUAAGGAAAUUGGUUGAUGUAGGUACUUGGCAUUUCAUUGAGCCUGAACGACAGUUAGAGGUUUUAAAGAUGUUUGAUGCAAAGGGGAGAAGGAAUCGGUUGAUGGAGUUGCAGAUGGGAAUACAGAAUGCAUUUGAGAACCCAGAGUCCAUACAAAUCUCCAUAGCUGCUAAGCGUAUCAAGGAUAAAUUAAGUGGCCAAAGGUUCAUUCUCAUCUUGGAAGAUGUUUGGGAAAGCUUUGACUUGCAAGAGAUGAGAGUUCCAGUCACAGCCCCUGCCACCACCAGUGGCAGCAAAGUCAUGAUCACGACUCAAUCCCAUGAAGUUUGUUCUGAAAUGGGAAGGCAGCAUCUAGUCAUGCAACAUCCCUUUCAAAGAAUGGUGUCCGUCAACUAAGUGAUUCUUCUCUGCUUAAACUACCUCUACUUACUAUCUUAUCAUUCUCUUCUUGAACUAUUGUUAUUCUCUUUUAUUUGUGUUAUGUAUGUGGUGGAAAGAAUAGGG